UGACAACUUGUUCACACUUAGGUAGUGAUGCUGGAAGUUGUAAUGAAUUCUAUUUUUUACUCAACAGGAGGAACUGGUCCCUCAUCUGAUGCUGGCUGGGGAUGUAUGCUGCGCUGUGGACAGAUGAUCCUGGCACAAGCAUUAAUAUGCAGACACCUAGGGAUAGAUUGGCGAUGGGAGAAAGGCAAAUGGCAGCCUGAGCAGUAUCACCGGAUUCUGCAGUGUUUUCUUGACAGAAAAGACAGCUGUUACUCAAUUCAUCAAAUGGCUCAGAUGGGAGUCGGAGAGGGUAAAUCUGUAGGGGAGUGGUACGGACCCAACACAGUGGCCCAAGUACUAAAAAAGCUUGCUUUAUUUGAUGAUUGGAAUGCGCUGGCAGUUUAUAUUUCCAUGGACAAUACUGUAGUUAUUGAGGAUAUCAAAAAACUUUGCAAACAUUGGUCUGAAAAUUGCAGAUUACAAACAGAUACCUCACUACACAGAGGCGAUGUGUCCAAAAACCAGACUGCAUCUGUGCACUGUAAGGAUUGGAAACCACUUUUGCUGAUCAUACCUCUACGUAUGGGAAUAAACCACAUCAAUCCAGUUUACAUCAAUGCGUUAAAGGAAUGUUUUAAAAUGCCUCAGUCUUUAGGAGUCUUAGGCGGAAAACCAAACAAUGCAUAUUAUUUUAUAGGAUUUCUUGGAGAUGAACUAAUCUAUUUGGAUCCUCAUACGACUCAAGCUGCAGUAGACACAGAGGAUGAUGGGAGUGUGGACGAUUACAGUUAUCACUGCCAGCGAAUACCACAUCGUAUGAAAAUUACACAUCUUGAUCCUUCUGUAGCUUUAGGAUUUUUUUGCAACACUGAAAGAGAUUUUGAAAGCUGGUGCAAUUCUGUACGAAAGGAAAUUCUGAAGACACGAAACUUUCGAAUGUUUGAAUUGGUCGAGAAGCAUCCUGCGCACUGGCCUCCUUUUGUACCUGCGACCAAACCUGAAGUGCAGACCACAGGAGCAGAGUUUGUUGAGCCAGCCGACAAGCUGUUUGAGUCAGAGGAAGAAUUUGAAAUUCUCAAUGUUUAGAGCAUCCGUUUGGACAUACAAUCACUGCUGCUGAAUGAUUACAGCAGAGGCUGUCGACUGUUUUUAUCAUUUCAAGCAGCUUUUUUAACAAGACAAGUGCCUGAUUUCGUAAGGACAUAAGAAACUUCGCAGCACGCUUGAAAAUAAUGAAAUAACUCCCACUUAACAAGCAAGUUGCUUCCAAGUAGUUUACUCGCAACCUCAUAUUUUUUUGAACAAGACCAGAAAAGACAGAAAGAUGCUAAAGAAUGGAUCUUCUUCAUUCUUGGUGAUCCAGUGGAAGCAAGUGUUAUUUAGAAAAAAAUGUUGUUGAGAGGAGUUGGCGAUAUGGGGAAGGACAACAUUCAGAGAAAGUGACUGGUUUUUAGAUGAAGAGGACCUUUGAUGCACCAGAUGGUAGCAUAAUGCCUACUCUAUGCAUCUGACUAUUUUAAUUGUCUUAUGGAUCAUCUGGAGCCUAUUUCUUGGACAGAUGAGAAUCUUACCUAUUUAUCUGUUCUUUAUCCACCUGAAAUAGGGGAUUUGUGUCCCAUUACUGAGUCUAUCGUCAUUGCUGCAUUCCCACUUCAAAUCUUCUGAUUUUUGUUUUGAGGGUGGCAUUUUAUUAGUGAUUUUCAAUGUGUACCACUUCAUGUAUGGUCUGUUCCACUUUUUAUCAAAUAUAUUGAUCCUGAAAUUCCAGUGUAUUUAUGGCCUCGUGCCCAGUAUUGUUUUUGUGUACUAUUAAUAUUGCACAUUAAUAGAUUUUUUUGACUGCCCCAAAAAAUCCAAAUUUUUGUGUAAGCUGCAACAGUACAGUGUGCAUUAUAAGAUUUUAAUUUUUAAAUUUCCCUCAGAAAAUUCCUAUAAGUUUCUUUUUGAUUACCGUGAAUUUUGGAAUUUUUUAAAAAAUGACCAGUCCUGUACAGUACAGAACUAUUUUUAUUUUAGAAUGAUGCAUGCACAAAGCAUAUGUCAUCUAAGAACUGUAUAUCAGCUUGAAAAUAUAGGAAAUACACAGCCAUUUGAAAACCUUAGCCCAUGUAGCUUUUCAGAUAUUAGAUAUCAGCUCCAGCUUUUUCCCAUGACAGCAUGGUCUGUCCUACCCCAAGAUAUUGGCUCCAUUUUUAAGGUGGACAUGCAGAUUAACUAGUAUGUGCAAUCAAGAGAUGGCAUUGCAUUGUUCUUGGGCUUUAUAAUGCCAUGCAUCUAAAUAUUGGUCAACUACUAAGUAUGUACUAUACAUUAUCUGUAUUGGGCAGCCUUAGCUGCUCUGAAUGCAAAAGGAUUGAUCUUAUUUAAACAAUGCUGGAUGCAAACUACUACACAUUAAAUAACCUCAAAAUAAACUGUGUAGCAGCUCCUGAAAUAUUUUUAAGCCCUCUCAACCUUGCUGAGAAAUGGCUGAAGGGGUGAUGUAUCCGCUAAUAAUUUUUAAUAAACAUUUAGCUCAGGAGAACUAAAACAAGUUAGCUUGAAAUGAUCUUUUUGAGUCUGUGAUCAAGGUGUAGAGGUAUUGAAAAGUGUGUUAAGAAAACAAAGUACUGUUAGGGCUGCAAAUAUUAUAAGUGUAACUUUCUGAAAUCUGAAUGUCAGUACUGAUGUUUCAAUACCUGCAGUAUUAUCAUCAAAGCGCACACUAUUUGGAAAAUUACCAUAAUUACAACAAACAACUUAUUCAACAAGCAUUACAGUCUCAUAUGGAUUGUAAAAGUGAAGUGUAAUGUCCUGCGUGGAGAAAAUCUUUACAUAUCAAUAGAGUAAAGUGCCAGGAAGCGCACUAUUUCAAGUCAAUAUUAGGCAAAAUAAUCCUUAAAAAAUGAAAAAAUACACUGCCUAACUUGAGUACUCAGAUAUUUUUCUCUUUUUAUGUGACUCCCUGUUCUGUAUGAUUCAGAACCACAUUUAUUCAGCGGUUUUCUGUGUUGAAUUAUGUGAAUGAGCAAUAGAUCAUGAAGAUCCCAUGUUUUAUCAUUACUCUGUGUUCAUUUGGCAGCAGGUCAAUCAUGGGCUACAAAGCUUCCUACUCUCUAUCACAUACUGCAACCCAGUUGACGUGACAGUACAGUUCCUUGCUGAGGACCACUUGUAAGAUUGCAGAAUGUACACUGGUUAGGAGAUUUCAAUGUCCAAAAGUGGUUUGGUAGCAGCACUGCUGAUCUUAAAGGAUGUUGCUGCUAGGCUAGGUCUGUGGCAGGUGGUGAGGGAACCAACAAGGGGAAACAUACUUGACCUUAUUUUCACCAGUCUCCCUGCAGCAGUUGCAUCUGUCCUUGACCAUUCUGGUAAAAUGAUCCCCGCAUAGUCCGUGUGGAGAUGAAGUCCUGCCUUCAGAUUGACAAUACUUUACAUUGUGUUAUAUGGCUCUAAUACUGUGCUAAAUGGGACAAGAUUUUGAACAGAUCUAGCAACUCAGACUGGGCAUCCAUAAGGUUGUCAGCAGCUGCAGAAUUGUACUCCAGCACAAUCUGCAAACUCAUGGUCCAGCAUAUCCCCCACUCAACUAUUACCAUCAAGUCAGGGGAUCAACCCUCAUUCACUGAAGAGUGCAGGAGGACCCAAAAAUGAGAUGUCAACCCGGUGAAGCUAUAAAACACACCACUUGAUGCCUAACAGCAUAAGCAGCAAGUAAUAGAUAGAGCUAAGUGAUGUUGGAACCAACAGAUCAGAUCUAAUCUCUGCAGCCCUGCCCCUGUAAUGAAUGGUGGUGGACAAUUAUACAGUUUGCUGCAGGAGGAGGUUCCACAAAUAUUGCUAUUAUGAAUGAUGGGGAAGCCCAGAACAUCAGUGCAAAAGAUAGGCUGAAGUAUUUGUAACAAUUUUCAGCCAGAAGUUCUGAGUGGAUGAUUCAUUUCAGCCUCCUCCAAAGGUUCCCUAGACAUCAAACCUGAAUUUGAUUGUGUGGCACUGAGGACCCCUAGGAAAAUUAGAAUCAGUGGGAAUCCAGUGGAAAAUUCUUCUUUGGUCAGAGUCACACCUGGCACAUAGGAAGAUGGUUGUGGUUGUUGGAGGUCAGUCAUCUCAGUUCCAGAGCGUCUCUGCAGUAGUUCCUCAGGCCCAAGUAUGUAGACAGGCUAGUGAAGAAGGUGUGGCAUGCUUGCCUUCGUUGGUCAUAACAUUAAGUGCAGGAUUGAGAUGUCAUAUUGUGGCAAUACAGGAGAUUCGUUAGGCCACUUUUGGAAUACUGUG